AUGAGCGGUAACCAACAAUUACCGGAUGAUAUAAUUGAAUACAUUUUCAGGUAUGCCUCAAGAGCAGAAGCACCAACCCUUCGGUUCCUUUCUUUAAAAUGGCACCCCUUUUUCACACAGCGUUUAUUUUCAUGUGUAUACUUUAAAAGCUCUUCCAUGUUCAAAGAGUUCUUGCGACUGAAUACAGCAUGUGAAAACACCAGACUGUUGAACAUUGGGUUAUUUGUUAAAGCAAUGAAAAUAGACUAUCCAACCUAUAGAACACGCAAGACCAUAUCAUUCAAAGAGUUUAUACAGCUGGUCAAGUGUUGUCCAAACGUAAACACAUUAAUUGGAUCAAGAGAAAUCUUUGAUAACUGCCUUUCAUCCCAUUUGCUUGCCGUCGGUGACAGUAUCAAAUGGAGCAUUCGACAACUCUAUUUUUCAAGUGAAUUCGAACUGAAGCACUAUUACAAGUACAAGGAUUCGAUCAUUAGCAUUUCUGAACUUCAAGAGGCUCCAGACCUACAAUUUGUAAAAUCCUUUCCAAUGCUCAAAUCUCUGGCUCUACCUUCCAAUUUACCCCUGACGACAAUGCAAGACCUUAUGUUCGUAUUUGACUCAUGUGCUCAUUUAUCACAGUUCCAUGCAGAUAUUAACAUAGAUGAAGAUAUAGACGUCAGAAACAUCCUUGGCCCGUACCCUUCUUUAAUAUCCAUCCAUUUCAAUUCUCACGGGCCAUUCAUAUCUGGAACAGUAAUCGACUUUAUUACAAAAAGAUUUGUCAAUCUAUGCGAUAUAUCGCUCACUAUUAUUCCUCUUCCUCUGUGUAGACCUCUGUUUGCAACCUAUAGUCAACUGCUUGGCUUUCUGAUGCAAACACCCAAGACGUCGUUCAGUGUGGAAAUGUCAAUAGAGAAGGAAGAGGAAGGACAAGACUUUGAAAUAAUCUCAAAUAUUUGCGAAUGCUUUAACAAUUACGUUAGAGCGACCUCCAUGUUUACAAACAGACGCAAUUUUCUAGAAAUCCUUGUCGAUAGCUGCUAUUCUCAGACAGUAUCGAUAAAAACAACUUUGGAGAGUUCGACUAAGAAUAGACCACGGCCAGAUAGAUUACUUGACGACCCGUUUGCGUUGAAUAUCCAUGAGUUAUGUAUAGAAUCUCCAGCCGAGCCUACCAAACUAUCACGCUCUAUCAGCUUAUUCAUCAAAAGAUGUCAUCAGCUACAGGAGUUACAGCUUUCCAUUCAUUUGCUGUCAUUUUAUGGCUAUGUCUAUGAAUCACUUCACAGUCUGCGAAUCCAUGCAGCUACUGUUGACGUCGGUUUCUUUCAGUGCUUGUCCGCCAGUUGUCCGAACCUAAAAGAAUUGUAUCUACGUGAUGUCCGUAUUGUCCGCCACAGUCCCGAUGGUAGUAUUUAUACAAAUGACAGACAAUGGAUAAACCUUCAAGAUCUGCGGUUACAGAAAUUAACAUUGAAUGUAUUUGUGGCAUUCGUAGUCAUAACAACCGACAAGAGAUGUAGAUACUAUUUUGUACAAGACGCACAAGUGAGAGAGAUCACUGUUGAACAGGCCAUGAUCUUGGCAGACAGGUUUUAUAAUGAAGAUUGCUAUUAUAUCUGUUGUCAUGAUGAGGUUGAAUUUGAUGCUAAUAUGGUUAGUUGGUGA